AUUGCAAUCAGAAUCGGUCACUGCUUCCAACAUGAUACGUAUAACAACACUAGGUCAGCACAACGGCCACGAUUCCACCGGCGGCAAGACGAAGCGUAUCGCCACCGGUGUGUUGCAAUCGGUCACAACUCUAUGGUUGAACUGCGCCAAACAAGCUAUUAUAGCUUCACGAAAGUUAAAGGAUAACUCAAAGAUCUCGCCGGACUCACCCAUGAUUCAGCGACCGAGGAAACUCAUUGCCACCAUAAGCAACAAGGCGAUCAAGUUGCGCCACCGUAAAAAGAGAACCGGAGCCGUAGGAAAGAUGAAAGACGACGGCGGUCCGGAUUUCGGAGACGACGGUUUGUGGCAGAAGGAGAUUCUGAUGGGGGAUAAAUGUCAGCCGUUGGAUUUCUCCGGUGUAAUUUAUUACGAUCGAGAUGGAAACCCUACGAACGAGUUUCCGAUGAGGUCUCCACGAGCAAGCCCCUUCCCUGCUUACGUGGCAAAGUUUGAUUGGAGCCCGCCACGUGAACGGUAAUCAGUAAAUUCCGUUCCAGCGAUGCAAAAGACUACUGCUUUGGCAAUAUCUUUUUGAGUGUUGUUAUAUGAAAAGUGUAAUUUCUGAUCGCUUCUCCAACUCCUCUUUGUUUGGGUAUUUUGGUAAUUUUACAAUCAAUAGAUUACUUGGUAUUUUAGAGAAAUUUKAUGA